AUGUAUACACCUCCGCCAACUCGGGAGCCAGCAUCAGGUCCGAAUCACGGCCCCUCCUUCCGCCCAAUAAAUCCCACCAUUGCACAUGAUGCCAGACGUGCCGAAGUUGAAGCUGCAUUCAAUCUCUUCGCCAUGCCUCAGAACACGACUCCUACGACGCAUCGACCCAAUACCGCACCAAAUAUUCAACUACAGCCGAUGCAUGGAAUCGAAGAUGCAAUAACUCCUAUCACAGCGACAAUUGAAGCGAUCUCGAGUGCGCUUGCGAAUCAAAGACCUCUUCCAUUUUCUCCUAUCAAUGUCGCUGCGGCCGUUGCUAGAACCGCGAACGCUUUGGCACCGUCCCUCGAUAGAGGCAAUUCGACAGAGUCAAAGAAGACUGAUGGUGCCAAUGAUGUUGAUAUGGAUGGUUCCGGUGAUGGCAGUGACAAUGACGAUGGUUCGAGGCCUAAUAAGAAGAAGAAGGUACCAAAAUUCUUCUGCGUGGAUUUCCCACCAUGUAAUCUCAGUUUUACCAGAAGUGAACAUUUGGCACGACACAUAAGAAAGCAUACCGGAGAACGUCCUUUUACGUGCCAUUGCAAACGCACAUUUUCUCGGUUGGACAAUUUACGGCAGCAUGCAAGUACGGUUCAUCAACAUCAGCCAAUUCCAGAGGAUUCUCCGGCAGCCAGUAGCGCGAAGACUUCCAGACAAGCUCGCGGUAAUCAAGCUAGGCCGACACAGAACAGACCGAGAGCUGCUACAGCUAGCGGACAGCUACCUACACAUCGAGGUCAUCAACGAAACUCUUUGUCCACAUCGAGCAUAGGCCUAGUUUCAUCUGGCUCUAUUCAACCAAACGUCUUCAGACCAUGCCCACCCCCUCUGCAGGACCCUAUCUGGGGAGCAAAUAAAACCUUAUCAUGGCGUCCAAGGUCACCAGAAGAUUACACCACGCCUAACUCUGCUACAUUUUCAAAUGGCCAGAACAGCCCACGAUGGACAUCCGGCUACCAAUCACCUUCAAUGCGCACAUAUUCACGAACGGCUAGCGUUUACGAUGGACAUGACACACCGGAUCGAAAAUUAUCCACAGCUUCGGCCGUAAACCCAUUUUCCUCGUCAAGUCUUGCUUCUAACAAUUUUGGUACUCCACCAAUCUUCUCUGCACCGGCGCCUUAUUCCCCUGGUAUGGUCCCAAGUCCUAGUACCCCGAUGGCGGGUACGGGUCAUUCGUGGGGAGACGCGAUAGCCAGCAAUCAUGCAGACAGGGAGAGGAGAAGGAGAACAUGGGGCCCAGAUACUGCUGCCACCAUCACAAGCAGACUGCAGAAUGUCAUGACCCCCAAUCACUAUGCGAAUGGCCCUGUUCCUCAACCCUCUGUGAUUCUUCUCAGCAAUGCUCCCCCGAUGGAACCCAUCAAACUCCCUGGCAUAGAAAGCUUUGAUCCCAUAAGAAGAGAAUUAUCGCCACCUCGUCGUGCUCUAAGUCCAAUGAUGGCUGAUAGACCACACUCCUACCAUCAGCCAAGUACUACCAUGGCUGGGACCUCCUACCACCAGCCAAGACCCACGCAGGCCAGAGAUCGACCAAAUUCUUACCAUCAGCCAAGUACUACCAUGAUUGAACCCCCCUUUUACCACCAGCCAAGUACUACCAUAGCUGAACCACCCUCCUACCACCGGCCAAGACCCACGCAAGCCAGAGACCGACCUUUGAGCUCCCAUCUUGAUCGACAAUUUAACCACCUAUAUAUUCAUGGCACAUCACAAGGAGAUGCGUCGAUGUGGGCUUCCGAGACAGCUCGUGCAGUUGAUGCCACUGCAGAGCAAUCGCAAGUAAAUCAACCAAGAGUGAUGUUUGAACCAUCAACAUAUAGUCCUCGAUCGGGCCAAUCUUCAUCUUACCACCAACAUACCGCUAGUGCACCUUACGGGUCACCCGGAUUUAGGCGCGGUGGGUGGCACCAUGAACCAGCAGCAUAUCGUCAAAUACAUGAUAACAGAGUUCAAGGAACCUCCCCAGAAGGUUCAAGCAGUUCCGACGGCGCUGCUCCUGUCACCCCACAGGCUGCCACCGUAACAGAUGACAACCCUACCAUUCUACGAUCAAACGGCUACACCGAGGAAACUGUCCGUGUCAAUCGUCCUCAACAACCAAUCAUUCAUCACUACCAUACGCAAUCAAAUGGAAGUGAACCUUUCUAUACAUAUGGACAUCCUUCAUCGAAUCAAUCUAUGUAUCAAUCCCAACAAACUCCCAAGUUAUCUGAACAGACUUACAGUAAUCCCCUAGACGCUUUGGUGGCCGCCGCAACAAGUGAUCAGGUCACUGUGCACAAACCCUAUUAA